GACCGCUCGCGCUUCCGGGUGGGCGGGGCGGAGCGGUGCCCGUGUGGGGCGCGGCGCGGCGGCUCCCCCCGGCGGCGGGGCGGGCGCGGUGGUGCGAUGGCGGAGGUGGGCGCUCACCUCACGGCCGCCCCGGCCGGCGGGGACAGGCCGUCUGUGUUCGAAGCGGUGGCCCAGGACAGCCUGAUGGCCGCCGUGAAACCCGCCCUGCAGCACCUGGUCAAGGUGCUUGCUGAGUCCAACCCUGCCCGCUACGGCUCCGUGUGGCACUGGUUUGAUGAGAUCUACGUCCUUCUGGAUCUGCUGCUCCAGCAGCACUACCUGGCCAGGUGCAGCGCCUCCUUCUCCGAGAACUUCUAUAGCUUGAAGAGGAUCCCGAUGGGAGAGGGUACACGGCAGGCCCUGGCCACGGCUGGCCUGCCAAAGAGGCAGCACUGGAAAUCUCUGCUCCUGCUGGUUCUUGUUCCUUAUCUGAAAGGAAAGCUGGAGAAACUGGUGUCCAGCCUGAGGGAGGAGGAUGAGUACUCCAUCCACCCUCCAUCGUCAUCCUGGAAGCGCUUCUACAGAGCCUUUCUAGCUGCCUACCCCUUUGUGAACAUGACCUGGGAGGGCUGGUUUCUUAUCCAGCAGCUGUGCUACAUCCUCGGGAAAGCUCAGCAUCAUUCCCCCUUGCUGAGGCUGGCUGGGGUCCGCCUGGUCAGGCUGACUGCGGAGGACAUCCAGGCCCUGGAGAAGAAAUUGUCUGGAGCCACCUCAAGUCAGACACACAGCUUUACAUCACGAGUGCAGCUGGCACUGAGAAAAGCUCUGGGUGGCAUCGCCUUCUCCCUCUCCACCGGGCUGUCCGUCAGCGUGUUCUUCCUCCAGUUCCUGGACUGGUGGUACUCCUCAGAGAACCAGGAGACCAUCAAGUCUCUGACAGCUCUCCCAACUCCUCCACCUCCUGUGCACCUGGACCACGAGCCCAGCUCAGCUCAGCUGCCCAAACUGAAGACCGUGUGCCCUCUGUGCCGCAAGAUCCGCUGCAGCACCUUGUCAAACUGUACUCCCCUGAGAGCUGAAAGGCUGCUGGGAGCCUCCAUCACCCCUUCUUACAUCCCAGGAAUUCCGGCCGCUGCAGCUCCUCAGUGAGCUCUGCAGCUCCUUUGAAUUUGGUGGUCCAUCAGUUUUGCUGCCUCUGUGCGUUCUGGCAAGGCUCUCCCCUUUGUUGAUAAACUGUUCCAACAUCCUGUGGCAGUUCCAGAGGGAUCAGGCAGCCCCAGUCUGUCAGACAGUACAGAAAUGCCUUCAAGAACCAGCUGAAAGGGAAGGAACAUUGACUUGGAUAAGAAGAAUGCAGAUGUGAGGAUCAGAGACCAGCACUGGUAAAAGUCCUGCCCGAGGGCACGAGCCAGCAAAUUAAAGAGGUAGGGAAAUUCUCUAGGAGAGUUUUUCUUCCCUUAGCAGCUUCCCAGGCCGAGCUCUGGCACUGGGGCUUGUCAGAGGUGGAGAUGAGCUUAAACCUCUGCUCUGGUCAUGCUGCCCUUUAGCCUCCUGCAUUUUCAGGCUACUCACCCCUGAAUUGAGAACAUCACACCCCUAAUUGCCAUCAGUAAUUCUAAAUUAAGACUUCUGACUCGUUAAAGGAACAAAAGGUCAUGUGUACAAACAAGGAACAUUACAUUUUCUGCACAAAGGAGGAAAAUGACAAACCAGAUUAAAACAGAAGCUGCCAAAUGGUGAGAGUUGCUUUUUGUUAAAUAAGUCUUUGCAUUCGUUAUUAUCUGCUUUUAUAAAGCAAAAUUCUUUCUGGAUUGAGAACUUAAUUAUUUUCUGGUUCCAAUAGAGUUUGCUCCUCUGGGGGCUCUAUUUACAUAAGAGAGACCAGACUAAAGCUGCUUUCAUCUUUUCAUGUGAUGAUAAUGGAUGUAAGAUUAGCAUUUUGUAAGCCGAGAAUCUCUAAGUGUUACACUGCAAAUAUUGCAGUCCCAGCCAUGUAGCACUUUCUUAUCAAUACAAAACAUCCUUUCACUGAACACAAGAGGCAAGAAAACCUGUGUGCCAUGGCUGGUUCCUGCUUGGCAGCUGUAAGGUUUUUUCCUGACUCUAGGGAGCAGCAGUGCUCCAGACAUCACAGUGACAGUGCUUGCAGAACACAAGAGCAAAGUUUGCUGCACAAAGUACAAGUCCUUUCCAGAUUAAGAGAUAUCUUCAGACAUUUAAUCCCCUGAACCAGGCAUCUCAUUUCCCCCCCCCGCACUUUAGCUCUGCUUCAGAAGAUAAAAAUCUCCAAUAUCCUCCCUCACCUGUAACUAAGAUAGCAAGGUUACUGAAUAAUAGGGGAAAAUACAGUAAUUUGCAUCCUCACAAAGAUGCUCUGGAAAACACCUAUUGUAACAAAUGAGAUUUGUCCCCAACACUUGUCUUUUUAUCUCUGUACAACUUCCAGACCCUUCUACCUGUGCCACUAUGGAAUAUCAAUAAAAACUGUCUCAUUUCUCCUUUC